AUGCCCAAGAAAGGUGGAAAGGGAAAGAAGGGCAAGGGUAAGGGCGGUGGCGGCACCGCGAAGGCGGCUCCCACCGUCCAAGAGCCUGUAACCCCCGGCCACCAAGUUGAAGAUGUCGUCAAGGGCGAAGGCGAAGGCGAAACCACCGAAAGCCUCGGCCCCGGCACUGCUACCAAUGUCCCCUCCGCUGCCCCGCCUCAGGCCGCCGAGACAGUCGCCGCGAGUGAAAAUGGGGAUUCAUCGAACGAGGUAGUAGACGAGCUUAGGAACCCCGGCACCGCCAAGAGGUUCUCAUUGUCGGAGCACCCGGGUGACGCAAAGGGGCGCAUGCCGUCUUCUUUGCCCGAUAGGGGAGAAGCAGCCGAAGCAACCGAGAACACCCUGCAGGGUGCUGUGGGCAAAACCGAGGCUUCGAAGGCGGGUCUGGUUGGAUCAUUGGACGCAGGUGAUGGCGAGGGACAAGCCGUAUUGCCUGAUACGGUCGCCAAAGAAUCCCGGUUGACGGCUCCUACGACGGCCCCCGAGACCACCAUUCCCGAAGCGACUGCUACCGAGGCCGCCGCUCCCGUCAUCACAGACGCCAACGCUCCAGUGUCUGAAGCGCCGGCGGAAACAGCACUGCCAGAGAGACUCAAGGAGAAGGAGACUGCUGCGGCCGAACCGACAGCCACGUCUCCGUCCGACAGUGCGGACUUGACUGGCCAUCCAAAGCGCCCAUACGAGAGCAGCCUCUUCCACAAGGACGAGGACCACAAGCCUCCCAAGAUGGCCAAGGUCGAGGACUCCGAAGCCGCCCCUGCCGCCGCAGAAACCAAGGCUGCGGACUUGCAAACCGAGGUGCCAAGCAAGUCGACGGUGCAACCCCUGGUUGUCCCAGGGCUUGGUGCCGAACCCACAGACAAGCCCGUCUCCGAUGCUGAAAUUCCUCAGAAGGCCGAGCCCGCAGAAGCUGUUGCCCCGACCACCGCUCCUUCGGCUGCCCAGGCUGCUGCUUCCACCACGUCCCCUGUCGUUCCCUCCGCAGUUGCUGCCGCAGGCGCAGGAAGCGAAGCCGACGCAGAGGCCAGGCAGAAGCAGGAGGCUAAAGAGACUCUUCAAGCUUUCACCGAGGGAAGGGUCCCCGCAGCCAAGGAGCCCCAGCAAGAGUCUGAGGAGAAGGCUCAGGAGACUGCGCCCGUCAAGACGACUCCGGAGACUCCUACUAAAGCCAAACCCACCGCCGCUACCGCUGCUGCGGCCGCCGCCAUGAGAGGAAAGUCGACUGCUUCGCCGGCACCUGCCACCGAAGGCGCCGACAAGACAGAAGCUGAGCCCACGGAGAGUCAGCCCGAGACUCAAGGUCAGGUCCCCGCCGAGCCUGCACGGGGAGAAGAGGCGGCUGCAGAGGAGACUCAGCAGCCCGAGACCACCGGCGCUAAGCAGUCGCACGAGGAGGCACAAACGGCCGUCGACAAAGCUCAAGAGGCUAAAACCGAAGCCGCCAAGGCGGACAAGCGCAAGAGUGGGUUCUGGUCGUGGAUUAAGCGCAAGGUCAAGGGGACUUGA